AAAUUUUACGGCUAUAGACAAGAGGACAGUUAUGAAUUAUUAAGAGAACUCUGUAAAGGAUUAUCUGAUGAAAUGACAACAGAUAAAUGUUCGACAGAUGACGUAUUCAAAGGAUAUACUCUUAGUACCUUUGUUUGUUUGAAGUGUUUUGAGGGCUGCCAUUUAGUUGAAAAGUUUAUGGACCUCUGCCUGCCAAUCACUUUUAAGAAAGGGGAGGAGCUUAAUUGCAGUUGUGACGAGUUAAUGAAAGUGUUUUAUAACAGCAACAACAACGAUGACGUCAUCAACAACAACAAUAACAACAGCAACAAAGUGAUGGACGAUUAUACAAAAUCUUUGAUACGAGUUGUCAAGAUGAACAGCAGCAAUAACGGUAGGUCGGAGAAAUCCACUCGGUCACUCGAUGUGACAGACUGCUUGAAGUUCUAUACGAAAAUAUACUACAUGGAGGAAAAUUUGUGCAGGAAUUGUGAGCGUUCGAAUCCAUAUUUUGAUGUGAACAGCCUUCCGCCAGCGAUUUACCGUCAAAUGAUAUGCCACCUACCACCCGUACUUGUGAUGCAUCUCAAGAGAUUUAAACAGAACUUCUCCGGACGAUUCGAGAAGAGUUGUGUAAACGUCAAGUAUCCGCCUGUGUUGGACAUGGCGGCUUAUUGCUGCGAUUACCUGCAAGAGUUCACCCAACAGCAAGCAGAUAACGACAAUGCCAGCAGCAGCGACAAAUCAACAACAUCGACACUGACGUCAUCAGCAACGUCAUCACGAUCUGACAAUUUCGGUCCUAAACCAUUUUUGUACAAUCUAUACGGCGUUGUUGAGCACGCUGGCUCUCUCUGCAGCGGUCACUUCGUGGCUUACGUGAAAAAUAAUAAUAACAAGAAAAAUAACAACAAGAAAAACAAUAAUAACAAGAAUAAUAACAAUAAUAAUGAUGAUGGUAAUUACCGAUGGUUUUAUAUAAGCGAUACUUGGGUGAAGCCAACUUCAGAAGAAGAUGCAUUAAGUAGUCAGGCUUACUUGCUUUUCUAUGAGAAAAUUUGCUAAGUUGUGGAUUAAUUAAUAACAUUUUGAAUGUUUCCUUCAAUCAACCAAUUAAUUAAUUAACCAAUUAACUAGUUAAUUAAUUAACCAAUUAACUAGUUAAUUAAUUAAUAGAUUGAUUACAAUUGUUUUAAUUUCGUUAGAUUUGGUUUCACGAACUCAAUAUUUUAUUAUGUAGCGUAGUGAUUUGUUUUACUGGUUUAACGGAUAAGUUCAGAAAUGUGAUCCACACAGGCGCAAACCCACACACACACAUACACACCGACAAACACACUGACACACACAAGCACAGCCUACAUAUUAUAUUUUGGUCAUUUUAUAGUUAUUUACAUAGUAUAUUCACGGAAAUCUUUAAUCCUUUUAAUAAAAUAUUGGAAAAAGUUUUUUUAGCAGUAUGUAUAUGUGUGUGUUUUUGUACAUGCUCGUGUGUUUGUGUGUGUGU